AUGGUAUUGAAAUGCAUUUACUUGUUAGUAUCUUCUGUAACAGAAGAAAAUUUGGAAAUAUUCAUUGAUAAUAGUUUGUAUUCUAUCCAUUACAGUUAUCUGAUUAUACUAGGAAUUUGGAAUGUAUAUUUAAAGUUUCAACAAAAACAGUUAAAGGAAGUAAAAUUACCAAAUGCAAAACAAUGGCUUCCUGUCUUGAAAGAUUAUUUAGAAAACCACAUUUUAAAUCUUCAUAUCUUACAAGAAUUAAGUUUGAGGUUAAAUACAGAAUAUCUACCUGGUAUUGGUAUUUCUGUAAACAGUUUAGAUGGGAUUUAUAAUGGAAAAAACCAUAAUUCUAUUAUUAAUAUUCAGGAGCAGUCAUUUCAGUUAUGUUCACAAACCCCUGAUUAUAUUUAUUCACCAUCAGAAAGUCAAGAUCAGUCUAUUUUGCCUUCAAGAAUCUUUUGUCUUUCUCCUACUUUGGGAACAUCUGGAGAAGUGAUUUUGAAAAGAGAAAGAAAAUAUAUUAGAAGUCCAUUGUUAAAUGAUCCACUUUGUAGUCCAAAUUUAAGAGAUUCCAACAAUAGAAGGAAAUCUCCUGUUAUACAAUUAGAAAAGAUUGGUCAGAAGCAAACAACAAAAGUCAUUUGGCAUUCUAACUGUUCCUCUAAUGAAAAUUUGUCUGACUCUUCUGUCAGAAAUAUUGAUUCGUAUUAUUCUGCAGCAUAUAAUCAUGCUAAUAGAUCAGAUAGUAUUUUAUCGACAAAUUCUAGGAAGCAACUUAUGAAUGUUUUCAAUGAAGAAAAAGAAUUUUCUACUGUUGAUUGUAAUGUUAAAAGUAAAUUUGCUGAAAAGAUUGUUGAGUCAGUUUUGAAUGGAUCUGAAUCAGAUAGUUUUGAGAAUGUGCCGUCAUAUUCAGUUGACAAUUUAACACCGGAUUUAUUUGAACGAAGUGCUUUUAUUACAAGAGAUAAAUUGAAAAGAACACCAGUUGAUUCGAGUAUUAUAAAUUCAAAUUGUCAGCAACAUGAAGAAAUAGAUGCCUCUAUUAAUAGUGCCAAGAUGUUAUCCCAGUCACUUAAUAACUCUGUUCAAGAAAUGCAAUCUAUGUUUGAUGAUAUUUUUACUUCAACUGAAAGAGAUUCAAAAAGUUUAGACUUAUCUUCUAAGGAUUUAAUAAAUGUUUCUUGGAACGAGGAUGAAUUGUUAUCAAAAGUUACUAUGCCAGAAGUGCCUUUAUUUGAUAUUACUGAUGGUCCGUAUAAUAUAAAACACAAUGAUGAUUGUUCUUUUUCAUCUAUAAUAAUACAGUACAAUGAUUUGAAAGAAACGGGUAUUUGUUUGCAAGACUGAUGUCAAAAAAUUUCAUCAUCAGAGAUGAAAGACAAAAAAAUAGUUUGUGGUUUUAUAAAUAUAAUUAUUUUCUAAUUAUUCUUUAAUGUAGUUUUGAAAAAUGAUACAUAAUA